AUAAAAGCAGACCUCUUCCCGCUGAGCCACAGAGCAGCAAACCUCCAUCGGCGACAACAGUGCACACUGCAGGUAGAAAGAAGAACGUGGUGUCAACAUGAAGUUGGGGUUGCUCGUGGUUUUGGCCAUGGCGGUCCUGGUGCCCAGUCUGUCCGAGGGCCGGACCGUCUCCAGAUGUGAGCUGAAAGAAAAGCUCCAGGAAGUGCUCGAACUGCGGCCAGGACUCCAGCCGUUCAAGGAGAAAAUCCUUUCUAUAGUUAUCUGUGAGGUCAACAGACGCUCCAUGCUGAACACCGGGACGACAACAACCAGGCCAACAACAACCAGGUCAACAACAACCAGGCCAACAACAACCAGGCCAACAACAACCAGGCCAACAACAACCAGGCCAACAACAACCAGGCCAACAACCGGCGGUCCACUGACCAACGGGUCAACAACAACCAGGCCAACAACAACCAGGCCAACAACAACCAGGCCAACAACCGGCGGUCCACUGACCAACGGGUCAACAACAACCAGGCCAACAACAACCAGGCCAACAACAACCAGGCCAACAACCGGCGGUCCACUGACCAACGGGUCAACAACAACCAGGCCAACAACAACCAGGCCAACAACAACCAGGCCAACAACAACCAGGCCAACAACCGGCGGUCCACUGACCAACGGGUCAACAACCGUCCAACCUGGCAACAUCAGAAAAAAGCGUGAGGCCGUCACGACCAGCGAGGAGGAAGCCAUGAACAUGGUCGGAGGCGAGGAGAGCGAGAUGGAAGGUGAUGAGGAAGAGGACGAAGAGGAGGGCAAGUCGACGGAGGAGGAGAUGAGCGAAGGGGACGAGUUGACGGAGGAGGAGAUGAGCGAAGGGGACGAGUUGACGGAGGAGGAGAUGAGCGAAGGGGACGAGUUGACGGAGGAGGAGAUGAGCGAAGGGGACGAGUUGACGGAGGAGGAGAUAACCGACGAUGACGAAGAGGGCAAGAUGACGGAGGAGGUAACCGAUGAUGAUGAAGAGGGCAAGAUGACGGAGGAGGAGUUAACCGACGAUGACGAAGAGGGCAAGUCGACGGAGGAGGAGUUAACCGACGAUGACGAAGAGGGCAAGUCGACGGAGGAGCAGUUAACCGACGAUGACGAAGAGGGCAAGUCGACGGAGGAGGAGUUAACCGACGAUGACGAAGAGGGCAAGUCGACGGAGGAGAAGUUAACCGACGAUGACGAAGAGGGCAAGUCGACGGAGGAGGAGUUAACCGACGAUGACGAAGAGGGCAAGUCGACGGAGGAGGAGUUAACCGACGAUAACGAAGAGGGCAAGUCGACGGAGGAGAUGAGCGACGAGGACGAAGAGGGCAAGUUAAUGGAGGAGAUGAGCGACGAGGACGAAGAGGACGACGAGGAGGACGAGGAGGACGAGGAAGGUGGGAAGCGUGAGAAGCGCGGCGCCGGUCGCUGGAGGCACCACAAGAGGAGGAAGGCGGGCCUCCACGGACUCUUCCAGCUGUCCGACAGGUUGUUCUGCUCCUCGGGUUCCGGCCGGUCCCUCAACCUGUGCAACACUUCCUGCGAAGCCUUCACCGACGACGACAUCACGGAUGACAUCGACUGCUUUGUGAAGACUCGCGCCUGGUGGCGUUUAGUGAAGAGGAGGUCUCACAAGUGUUACGGAAGCAGAACCCAGGACUACUUCAGCAAAUGUCCCGCGCAAACGAUGUUUUGAGACGCUCUUCACCGCUUUUUCAUGAAUGAAUCUGCUGUUUUUCCUUUAAAAAUCAUUCGUUUCAGUUUCGUUCGUGGGUGAAUAUAUAACGAGUUUUGAUGAUAUUGUUUUUUAAUCCUUAAAAAAAAAUACUUUGGUUUGGAGAAAUAAAAAAAAUAUGAUUCUUGUAAUCUUU